CGAGUGUUUCACAAGCGCAGAAUAACUUGCGCCGUUAAUACACAUGCUUCAUACUUAUACAUGACUUUAGUCAGAAAAAUAAAUGAUAAAAAACGUACAUUUAUAUCGUAUAAGUUAUUAAAUUUAAUAACAAAUUUGUUUAAAUAAUUGAUAGUAAUUAAAUUGUCAAGAGUAAAUUAUUUGCUGGUUAAUUUCCUGAUCGUGGGGAAUUAUAAAAAAAUAAUGGAACCGGGUACGAAUCAAAUGCAAGACAAGAUGCUGGAUGAAGAUAAUGGAUUUGUAUGGCAAGAUUAUCUCGAUGCUACGGAGAGUAUUGAGGUGCCACAGAUAAUGUUCCCCCAUGUAGAAUUAACAUUGCAAAGUGAAAUUGAAAUCGGAAUGGCCCUCGAGGUUCCAACGUCUAAAGGUACCAAUGAAGAGACUUCAUAUUGGGUAGCAACGAUUGUUGUUGCAUGUGAAUCAUUAUUAAGACUGAGAUAUUUCGGUAGCGAUGAUAAGUCACUUGAAUUUUGGUUUAAUUUAAAAAAAGAAACUGGCCAUGAGCUAGGAUGGUGUUUGGGGAAUAAUAAAAAAUUAGAACCACCUGAUGUUAUUUUAAAAAAAUCUCCAGAUUGUUUAGAAAAACUGGGAGAUUUUUUAGGGGCUGCGAAAUCAAUACCUGUUCAAGUCUUGUCUGGAGAGGAAUUAAGUAUGACUGAUAGAAUUAAACAAGGAAUGAAGGUUGAAGUCAGUGAUUUUUUUAAUCCAUACAAAAUAUGGAUUGCUACUAUAAUAAAAAAUGUUGGAGGAAGACUUUUGCUACGGUACGAUGUACCAAAUACUUCUAAAGCUCCAGUGAAAGAUUUCUGGAUAUUUUGUACAUCAGAAUCUCUUCACCCGUACGGUUUUACAGUUAAGUCAGAUUCGAAGUGGUUUUUAGAACCACCAAGUUCGAUAGUGGACAUUCACACGUACGAAGAGUGGAAAGAAAUGAUAGAGUGUGGACAGGAAUAUCAAGAGACAUUGAAUCUUUUCAAUCAUAGUCUAACUCAUCCUCAUCAUAAAUUUACUGUUGGCAUGAAGUUGGAGGCAGUCUGGCCUGUCGUGCGUACCAAAAUAUUCCCGGCAACGGUUGUCAAAGUGAUCGAUGAUAUAUAUUUUCUUGUGGAAUUGGAUACGUUUAGUCCAAAUAAAAGAAACAGCAGCAAUAAUUCAUCGUAUUCAUUCGAUGAAAAAACAACCUGGCUGUGUACAGCAGACCAUCCUUAUAUAUUUCCAGUUGGUUGGGCUAAAGAGCACGACGUUAAAUUGACAGCGCCCAAAGGUUGGUCAUUGCACAGUCCCGGUGAAUUUGAUUGGGACAUAUAUUUAAAGGAAAGUAACACAACAGCUGCACCCAGUGAAUUAUUUUGUUCACGCGAAUCAGCAAUCGACGCUGGCUUUGAAGUGGGUAUGCAUCUUGAAGCUGUUGAUCCACAAAGUGAAAAUACUAUUUGCGCCGGUUAUAUAUCGAAAAUAACAGCAGACUUAUUGUGGAUCGCAUUGAAUAAUUAUAAAACACGAGCUGAGCAUGUUGUUCAUAUGCAUUCAUCUAAAAUAUUUCCCGUUGGUUGGUGCGAAUCCAACCACUAUCCUUUGAAACCACCAAGAGAUUAUGAAGAAGUUUGCAAAAAAUUAGAAAAGCCUGAGAAAGAAGAAUUUAAAAAAAGUAUUAUUGAUAUACCGAUACCUGAAUCACGAUCGUCUCUGUGGUGUCCAAAAAUUUAUUUCAAUUAUCGUUGCUUUACUGGGCCAAUGAUAUCCAAAGGCAAACUUGCUAAUUUGCCUAAAUCUGUGGGUCCUGGACCAGUUACUCUUGUGAUGAAAGAGGUAUUGUCGAUGGUUGUGUCCGUUGGUUACAGAAGUGCACGUAUUCUAAGAGUACUUCAGUGUGACACUAAACCAGAACCUGGUUAUCAUCUUGAAAUUUUGAAAGCCAAACAUAAAAAUAAUACCUACCGUGCCAGUGUUGCUGUUGUAACUUCCGGUGAAAUGGUACCAGAGUUUUGUAAAACUAUUUGCCAAAAAUUGAGCGUCUGUCCAAAUUUAUUUGGCCCAAAUCAGAUACCUGAAGAUGACUGUCCUGAUAAAUGUAAUCGAUCAACUAAAACUAAAUAUUUGCUGGGAAAACGAGGAAAACCUAAAGGAUUCCCAAGUAUUCUGGAAGCUAAAACGAAACCAUGGGGUAAAAAACGCCGCAAAAAACGUGUUGAGGGCAAGCAAAAAAAUUCACCUGAGCCUGAUCAAGAUGACGAGAUGCCUUAUAUAUCUAUAGAUAUACCUAAAGAAGAGCUUGAGGAGAUCGAAGACUUUGACAGCAAGCCACCUUUAUCCGAAAUAGACGUCAUGAUUGAAAAAGACUUGCAGAAGUCUGAUAAAUCAGAUGACAUAAAAACUGAAGUUCCUUCCAGCAAUGCCUCUGAUGACUCACGAAGUUCUUUCAAUGAUCGUAAAAGCAAAAAUAGUGCUGACAGUCCCAACAGCGACACCAGUAAAAGCAAAAAUAAUAACAUUGCUGCUGUUGUUAAUAACAGCAACAAGUACAAUAAAAAAAAUAAAAAAACAAAAACGAAAAAACGUGAUCGUGAUUGGGAUGACAGCAUUGAAUCCGACAAUUCAGACGUUUAUGUCGAGGCAGAUCAAUGCAAACCAGAAGCAAAGCGUCCGAAAACGCGAAAGCUAAACACAAAUCCACUCUUUUGGAGUGUUGAUGACGUGUUCCGGUACCUUCGUAAGACUAAUGACUGCAAAGACGUCGCCUACAGAGUUAAGCAAGAGGAAAUUGAUGGCUUGGCAUUUUUAUUAUUAAAUUUACCAUCUCUUACGGAACACAUGAAACUACGCGAGAAUAUAGCAAUGAAAUUAUGUCGACAUAUCGAACAAGUAAAGGUAACCUUUUUCUUAAAACACAUAAAUGAAGAAAAACAGGAAAAAAAUUAA